GAGCUCCUCGGACGCACGACAACACACCAACUGAAGUGGAAAGCGGCUCCUGUUCUGCUCCUUCUCCCAUUCGGACGGUGCGUACAAGGCGGUCUGGCUUCAGAUUGCUGCGGGGCUGAAUCAAAAGGAAGAAAUCAGAGUUCACAAGUCAGUCGCGCCUUUGGUUUGUGCGUUCCGUUUGCGUAUAGAGUUCUUUUUUGGCUCUUUAUGUCAGCGAAUUCGUGUCAAACUUUGUAGUGUUAUUAGGUGGAAAACAACAACUUUUGUUUGCCAUCUCGAAGACUAAAUUUAACUAAUGACGGCAGAGGUCCAGCAGCCCCCAGCGCAGACUCCUGCCCAGAGCAGCCCGAUGUCUGCUCCGGAGAAGCCACACGGGCAGACGGCGGUGAUGGAAACCGCCUCCUCCACUACGAAAGCCAAGAAGACAAACGCAGGGAUCCGUCGACCAGAGAAACCCCCGUAUUCAUACAUAGCUUUAAUAGUCAUGGCUAUCCAGAGCUCUCCAACCAAGCGCCUGACGCUCAGUGAAAUAUAUCAGUUUCUGCAGAGUCGCUUUCCGUUUUUCAGAGGCUCAUACCAAGGAUGGAAGAACUCUGUGCGUCAUAACUUGUCCUUGAACGAGUGCUUCAUUAAGCUGCCCAAGGGCCUCGGCCGGCCGGGGAAAGGCCACUACUGGACUAUCGACCCGGCUAGUGAGUUUAUGUUCGAGGAAGGGUCCUUCAGAAGGAGACCCAGAGGUUUUAGGCGCAAGUGCCAGGCGCUGAAGCCUAUGUACAGCAUGAUGAACGGCCUGGGAUUCAACCACAUCCCCGAGUCCUACAACUUCCAGGGGAGCGGCGGGGGCCUAUCCUGUCCGCCCAACAGCUUGUCUCUGGACAGUGGGAUUGGGAUGAUGAAUGGACACUUGGCAGGUAACAUGGAGGGCAUGGGUCUGUCCGGACACUCCAUGUCACACUUGUCGACCAACAGUGGACAUUCCUACAUGGGAAGUUGUACAGGAUCCACUGGGAGUGAUUAUCCCCACCACGACAACUCGGCCUCCCCUCUUCUCACCAGCGGGGGAGUCAUGGAGCCUCACCCAGUCUACUCGAGCUCAGCCUCGGCGUGGGCUCCGGCCCCCUCGGCCUCGCUGAAUAACGGGGCUUCCUAUAUAAAGCAGCAGCCUCUGUCUCCUUGUAAUCCAGGGGCAAACCCGCUGCAGCCAAGCUUGCCCACACAUUCACUAGACCAGUCUUACCUGCACCAGAACGGGCACAGUACCACAGAUUUACAAGGUAUUCCUCGGUACCAUUCCCAGUCUCCCAGCAUGUGUGACCGAAAGGAGUUCGUCUUCUCGUUCAACGCCAUGGCGUCCUCAGCGAUGCACUCACCGGGCAGCGGCUCGUACUACCACCACCAACAGGUCUCCUACCAGGACAUCAAGCCGUGCGUCAUGUGAUGCCUCCACGGACAGUCUGCAGAGCAGAGGACGGCGUCGCAGACUUGAGCCACCGGGCACAGUGAGCUGAAAUAAGAACAAACAAGUGAAAAUAACCACUGAGAAGACACCAAGGCAUGGCAUGGCCCUGGAGAGAGCUCACUGCUUCCAGUAGACCGGACUACUUUUCUGUGCUGUUUAGCACAGCGACGAAGACACGGAGACUGGUCAAUCACAAAAUAACCACAUAAUAAUAAUAAUAUAUAAUAAUAAUAGUUAAAAAAAAAGAAAAGAAAAACUUUUCAUGCCAUCAGCAUCGACCAGCGGGGUAGAGACUGCGCGUAUGAAUCCCUGCUGCUGUUUGGUACUUAGUUCUGCAAAGCGGAUGGCCACCACUUCACUUGUGUUGUUUGUUUUUCUUACUGUUUAAGUAGGCCAAUGUAAAAAUGCACACUUCCUUCCAUUUUCUCAGUCUAACGUUUUUACUUUUCUUUUACAAAUUAGGCUGAGGGUCUUUUUUUGACGUACUUAUCAACGUUUAAUUUUGAAAUGAAAAAUGAUGGACAUUGCAUACAUACUGUGUGUCCAUAUUUACUGUGUAAAAACGAUGAAGGCACUUUUUGAAUAGCCUAUAAGCGCAACGUUUUAUUUAUUCUGUAGGCCUACAUAUUUUAAUUUCAGGCGAAUUGGCCAAGGAGGUGUAUGCUUUAUUGGCAAUAUUUGUCAGAACGCUUAAUAUUUGUUUUAAAAAGACCGUUGAGGAUAUGUUGUAAGCACUGUUAUGUCGUUUGUGUUAGAUAUAUGUAGAGCAUUAUUUUCAGCACUGUAUACCUAUAUACUGUUAGGAAAAUUAGCGAGGCUCCAUCAGUGAGAGCUUUAGGUUAUAUUACAACAAAUCAUUUGUAAGAAGUAAAAUAUAUCUGUGGGCUAUUUAAGCCUAAAUCCACAAAAACAAGACAUAUUUUAUCACGCACCCA